AUGGAGGUAUUCUCCAGAAUCCAAGAGAAAGGGAAGCAGUGUCCAAACAGUACUAAUGACACUCAGUGCUUUUUAGUGUAUCCCAUUGCUUUCUUGGCAGUGGUGUGUAGGAUGUCAUUUUGUCAAAAUGGUCCAGAGAAUCCAUCUUAUUUAGGCUUGCGGCUAAUGUUUAACUUCCAUCCCCAAGCUGAAAGACAGUAUUUGAACACCAUUUAACAGAUGCUUUUAUCCAAAGUGAAUAAAAUGACAUUGCCUGCAUACAUUUUUUUGCGUUGCUAACUCCACACUCUUACCAACUGAGCCACACAGGACCACUAGGACCACUCUAACCAGAUAUGGUUACAUGACUAUGGUUAUUGACUGAAUGUUGUUGUUUAGUUAUAGGGCAACCCAUAAUACAUUUGUGCAAUUAGUUCACUCUAUUAAUAGAGUUUGAAGCUAAGCCUGGCAGUUUGGAUAUCUCAAAUGAACCCUUCGAGAGGAUAAUAUUCAGCUUAAUGUCUUGUUGGACUUUGAUUGACAUGAAGUCUCUGGCUGAUUGUACUCCUGUUGUGCUGUCUGAAUUGAUCAAUUGUUAAUACACAAGCACCAGGUUUUAGCACCCAUGCCGUGCAUUAUACUUGAUAUUUACUCAGGUACCAUUCUCACAAUGCUUUAUACCAGCGUUUACAAAACUUGGGACCCCAAGGGGUGCAAGUUUUGGUUUUUGCCCUAGCACUACACAGCUGAUUCAAAUGAUCAGUUUAGUUGAUUAUUAGCUGUGUAGCGCUAGGGCAAAAAACAAAACGUGCACCCCUUGGGGUCCUGAGGACCGAGUUUGGGAAACCCUGUUUAUACAGUAGCACAAUCAUAGUGGUAGUGGUAGUAUAAGGAAUACAGUAUGGUGUUAGGUUCUGAACAAACAGAGUAAAAACUCAAAACGGACAACUAGAAAAAGCUCAAACCAAGUUUAUUCAAGCCACUGGAUACUUUAGCUGCAAACACACUUUGCACAUGAUCAAACAGGCAUUUAACUGUCAUGACAAGGUUAGACGUAUGACUUCUCAGAACUGUCCAUCUGUUUCCUAAAACUGCCUAAAUGUUGCACUGUUGUCUUUACGGUCGAGCGGUCUGGAAGCAGUUCCUCUUCAUUCGGUCACUUCUCCAUGAUGGUUACAAGUGACCAUAUGUUCACCUUACUCAAUAGACUUUGGACUGUCCCUUUUCUCUGAUAGUAAAAUUCCAUACACGAAGUUCAUCUUCACCAUUAAUUGACACAUAACAUAUACUGUACAUUCAUUAUGCAUAUAACAAAAUCAAUAAGGUCCAAUAUAGUAACAGGAGUAAGUAUAUUUCAAGGUAGAACCCAACAAUAUCAAGUGUGUUAAUUGGAGGAUGAUAAUGUUUUAGCAAUGUUGUUUCUUGCAAGUAACUCUGCAUUCACAGACUUUUUGAAAAGUAGGGGGUUAAUAACAUGACUUAAUGGGGAGUAUUGGCUCCCCAUUACGGUUAACUUGCACUGGAGUGUAAUGGAUUAUGUUGGUGAUAAAAUAGAGUGCCAUCUCAAGCACUUUGGGCUUUAGGGAUUUCCACUGUAUGAUUAAUAUAGUAGUUGUAAGGGUCCAAAUGUUGGUCAAUACAUAAUGUACAAUAGGGCUGUCAGUCCUUUUACUUUGUGUAUAAUACUUUGACUAAUGUGCGAAUUGUUAUUUCCCCAACAUUACAUCUUUUCAAAUAAUCAGACUGGCUAGUUAUUGGAGCAUAAGUUGGGAUCACAUUUCAUCAUGCUGGGCCACAAACAGGCUCAGUGCCACAUGUUUCAGACCCUUUAUGUUGAACAUUCAGUAUGAGGGGGUGAGCACAUGUCCCAUCCUGAUUUUGAAACCUAUUCAGUGCACUCUGAGAUACAUGGAUAUUUAUAAUUCAUCAGCUUUUACCGUUUACGACUCUCUCUUUCUCCAUCACUUUAUUUUCUUGCCCUUUUCUCUGUGUCCGCGCUGCGCCAAUGAGACAGUAGUAGUCUGUAUUCUCAUUCCAGCCAGGUCCCCUCCCCCUUUCCUACAUUCUGCAGGUUUAUGACAUGUGGCUCCCGGUUUUCUAUUUUUUUCCACCACUUCUCCUUGGGCUGUCAUGCCGAUGACCAUUGCAGCCUUUUUUUCUAAGUGUCAGAUAGAGUAUCCCUCAGUGCUUGGUCCAGUUUGACCCUGCAGUCACCCUCAAGGUCAACAAUUAUCCCAUUUAAGUGUCUAGUCAGGUUUAAUAAUCUGGGCUCAUGAUCUCAUCUGACUGAGUAAUGCCAUGCAGUGUCCUGUAGGGGCUGACUAACUGUUGAGCAACACACCAUCUGUUUAGCUAGCUAUGUUGUUUGUAUAUGGCUUUAACCCUUCUCUCCUUCCUCUCUCUUUUCUCACUCUAUCUUCAUUUUUUUCCCUUUGCCUUCUGUCUUCCUGCCUUUCCCCUGCUCUCUCUGUCCCUCCUCUCUCUGGUUCGUUCUGUUCUUCUCCUCCAGUACUGCGCGUUCCUCUCCCUCCUGUUCAUCCUCAUCUCCAUCUCCACCUUCUGCAUGGAGACGCACGAGGCCUUCAACACCAUCUACAACAAGACGGAGAACGUGACGGAGGGAAACGUGACACGCGAGGUAAUCGUCUACGAGGUGGUGACCGACAGCUGGCUUACGUACGUGGAGGGCAUGUGCGUCAUUUGGUUCACCAUUGAGGUGAUGGCACGCGUGGUCUUCUGCCCGGACAAGGUCGAGUUCUUCAGGAGCACCCUCAACAUCAUCGACUUCAUUGCCAUCAUGCCUUUCUACCUGGAGGUGGGGCUGAGCGGCCUGUCCUCCAAAGCCGCCAAGGACGUGUUGGGCUUCCUGCGCGUAGUCCGCUUCGUCCGCAUCCUGCGUAUCUUCAAGCUGACCCGCCACUUUGUGGGGCUUCGCGUCCUGGGCCACACGCUCCGCGCCAGCACCAACGAGUUCCUCCUGCUCAUCAUCUUCCUCGCUCUCGGAGUGCUCAUCUUCGCCACCAUGAUCUACUACGCCGAGCGCAUCGGCGCCGACCCUGACGACCCUACGGCCGCCAAACACACAAACUUCAAGAACAUCCCCAUCGGCUUCUGGUGGGCCGUGGUCACCAUGACCACUCUGGGCUACGGGGACAUGUACCCUGAGACGUGGUCGGGGAUGCUGGUGGGCGCGCUGUGUGCCCUGGCAGGGGUACUGACCAUCGCCAUGCCUGUUCCCGUCAUCGUCAACAACUUUGGCAUGUACUACUCACUGGCCAUGGCUAAGCAGAAGCUGCCCAAAAAGAAGGGCAAGCACAUCCCCCGGCCCACCAUGCCAGGCUCGCCCAACUACUGCAAGCCUGACGCCCUCGCCAUGGCCACCGCCUCGCCCCAUAGGAUCCUGGGUAAUGUACUCGGCGAGGUGAUCGGGUCCGGAGGCUUCGACUGCCCCCUUGCACAAGAGGAGAUCAUAGAAAUCAACCGAGGUGAGACAUUUCUAUUUUCAUUCUUCAGGACCAUAUUUUAAGAGACAGACUGCAAGUUAACAAACUGUCUUCGACCUUGACUUGUAAGAUCUGCACGAGUUCAUCAACAUGGAGCUUUGCUGAGCAUCUGGGCAUUCCACCACUAGCCUCCCCAAGGGCGUAGAACACAAAUUACUCCGUCAAAAAUUGUAUUUUUGGCAAAGAGGUUGUCAAACUGUACAGUUUAGCAUUGACAGAUAUCCAAUCAAAUUUAGAACAGGGAUUUGCACAGUAAGUGGAGGAUUCUGGGCUGUAUAAGACUUAGGAAUCAGAAUGUUAUCUGACAGCUAGUUACAGGGACUCAGUAAUCUCAGUAAUAGUACAGUCCUGCAGAUCCAUGGGGUGUGAGUGGGGGUUUAGAGUGCCUCUGUCCCUGAUAGGGAUAGUUUGGGGGGGGGAAGGGGGAGAGGGGGGGUGCUGAUUCUGAAUCUGCCCUUGAGAGAUAGCUAGCCCAUCAGAACUUAUAGGUAAUUUAUGAUCAACUGGGGAGUCCACAUUUGCCGAGAGGCCUCCAUCUGCCUGUGUAGAACAAACACAGUACAUAAAAAAUUUACUGAUUUGGAUCUGUUCGCAACAGACCAAUAUGCUUACGUUUGGUUCAAUGGUUUAGAUUACACUACAAAUGUCCGACCAUUUUUUUUUCCUUUACUGAAGUGUAGUACUUAGUAUGUAAUGCUUACAGUACUUCCUUUUUCAUGAACCCAAUGUCCACACAUGACAAUAGAUCACGUGUGUUUUGUAGCCCUUGAGAAAUCAUCAGUGUGUCAGCAAUAAUAAUAAUAUAAUAAUAAUAAUAUAUAAUAUAAUAAUAUAAUAAUAAUAGUAAUUAUAAUAAUUAUGUUUUAUUGCAUAAGCGCCUAUAGUACCCUACCACUCUCUUACAGUCUUUCACGCUCUCUUUUGUUGAGAAUUUUGCUGUAGGUUGUUAGUAAGUUGUUGAGCAGGAACUCAUCUGAGAUCAGAUUUGACAGCUGUGUCUGAGACAGUUGAGGCUGCUGAGGGAGGACGGCUCAUAAUAAUGGCUGGAAAGGAGCGAAUGGAAUGGCAUCAAACACAUGGAAAUCACUCAUUCCGCUCCAGCCAUUACCAAGAGCCUGUCCUUCCCAGUUAAGGUGCCACCAACCUCCUGUGGUCUGAGGAUAUAAGCCUCAGUCACACUGCGGCAUCAACUCACACCCGCAACCCCACCUCAUCUAUUACUAUGACCAGUUUUUAGUUGACCAUGCUGUCUAGCUAAGCCUGUAUAGACAUGACCUUUGACACCUUUGCCAUGAUCAAUUACAUAUCAUAGUCAAAUCAAAUCAAAUGUUAUUUGUCACAUGCUUCGUAAACAACAGGUGUAGGCUAACAGUGAAAUGCUUACUUACGGGCCCUUCCCAACAAUGCAGAGAGAAAAAAAUAGAAAUAAUAACACAAGGAAUAAAUACACAAUACAUCAUUUUACUGAAUCUGUCUCUGCUUAUGUAUCUCAUCUGCAGUAUUACAUUGUGAUCAGUAGCUUGCAGUAACACCUCCCCCCCAUUCCUUUGGCUAUUUUCUUACAUUCUUUUUUCCAGUGAUGGGAGACUGGGGAUUCAUGAUUUCUGUAUCGUCGGGCCAAGGUGCCAUGCCAAAACCUUCGAUAUAGCAGCCGAUCAAAGUCCCUCAGCUCGCAACAGCAAGCUCUCUGAUUGGGCCGAUUGAAUCACCAAGUAUGCAACUCCUCCCCUCGGACUAUGUUCCAAUGUCCGUACUAACAUAUUAUGUCGAAUAAAGCAAUGUAAUGGACAUGCAUCCUAAGUGGUAUGCUAGUGUGGAUAUGGAAUCAGUCUCCCAUCACAACCUUCCUCCUCCACUAUCCAGAUACAUCACUUUUAUCCUACUCUCCUCUUCCUUCCGUCUCCUUUACUCUGCUUCCCGCCCCCUUUCCCCAUCUCUCCUUCUUUUCCGAAAGAUUCCAAGCAGAACGGUGACGCGGCCACUGCGGCCCUGGCGAACGAGGACUGCCCUACCAUCGACCAGGUGCUGAGCCCGGACGAGCGGAGCCCCGCGGGGCGAGGGGGCACCGGAGUAACCCGGGAACGCUACCAGCAGGACCGCGCUUGCUUCCUGCUCAACACCAGGGAAUUCCGCGCCACAGAUGGGAAUGUGCGGAAAGGUACGUCACUCCCACAGGGGACAGAACCGUAA